AUGACACUUAAUGAAAUGAGAACCAAUAGGUAUUGGGUCAUUGGAGGAACCAAGGUUGUAGCCAGUCACAUUCACAAGUGUGUCAAAUGUUGUUGUCUUCGCCGUCCUGCAGAAGAGCAAAAAAUGGCAGAUCUACCAGAAGACAGAGUAGAACCUUCACCUCCUUUUGCAGAUUGUGGUAUGGGCUGUUUUGGUCUUUUUAUUGUUAAAGAUGGAAGGAAACAGCACAAGAAGUAUGGACUUCUGUUCACGUGCAUGUGUUACAGGGCUGUCCACAUUGAAAUGCUUCGUGAUAUGUCAACAGAUUGUUUUAUUAACAGUCUUCGAUGUUUCAUUGCGAUUAGAGGUUCUGUGCUACAGUUUCGAUCUGACCAGGGUAGCAACUUCGUAGGAGCACGGAAUGAAUUUCAAGAAGCUCUGCGGGAGUUAGACACAGAAAGAAUCCAAGUAUUUCUGGCAGAGCAUCAGUGUGAAUUUGUUAUGAAUCCUCCAUAUGCUAGUCAUACAGGUGGUGUGUGGGAGCGACAAGUCAGGACAAUCAGAAGCGUACUGUCAUCACUUCUACUACAGUCUUCUGGUCGUCUUGAUUCUGCAUCACUACGUACAUUUCUGUAUGAAGUUAUGGCCAUUGUUAAUAGCCGUCCACUCACAGUAGAGAUGCUGAAUGAUCCUACAAGUCCUGAACCUUUAACUCCAAACCAUUUACUCACCAUGAAAACAUCAUUAGCACUGCCCCCUCCAGGUAAAUUUGUAAAGGAAGAUUUGUACAUCAGGAAACGCUGGAGAAGAGUACAGUAUUUAGCUGAGUAG